AUGAAAUUGUCACUCCUUCAACUUGAGCGUUCUUAUUUGGAUGCUCUUUCUGAGUUUGGUGAAUAAGCUCCAAAAACACUUCAAGCUCGUGUUACUCUAAUAGAAAUGCUUAAUUAAACAGGUCGCAAUUAAAUACUAUAGAAAUAAUAAGGAGAGAAAUAUUUUUAAAGAGCUAUAGAAUUAGCAUCUAAUUUAGAAAUGGAGGAAAUGCUCAAUUUAAAAUAUUCAACUUUUAUGUUAUAUGCAGAAUAUCUAGAAUUUCAACAUAAUAAUAAAUAAGCCUACAAUCUAUUAAUUCAAUUAAUACCUUUACCUAGAACAAAUUAAAAAAGCAUUAUUAUGACAUAAGUCUAAAUUUUAAAUCACAUCAUUGAAAAUGGAAGACUUUGUAAAAUUACAAAUGUUGUAACCUUAAAUGAGAAAUUGUUGAAUCUUAUGGAAGAAAUUGGAUUAACAUUUUAUCUAUAUAAAUAAUUCUCUAAGAAGUUUUAAUAAAUUCUAUUAUAAGCACUCUCAUUCUAAGCCAAAAUUUAUCAUAAAUAAAAUAAAGAUAAAGAAGCGGCAUAAUUAUAUUUUUAAUCGUUUCAUCUUUCUGAAGAAUUACUUGGAAUCCAUGAGAGAAGAACCUAAGAAUAUAAAAGAUUAUAUGAAUAAUUAAGUGAUAAAAUAUCUGUCAAUAUUGAAAUUUAAAGUUAAGAUGAAGAUGAAGAGGAGUAAUCUUAGCAAAUAUAAGUAACACCAAGAGAAGAAAUACUUUAAACUUAUCGUCCUAAAUUUACAUCUUUUAAUAAUUAUAUCAUCAAUGUAGAUUCUGCUAGGGCUCCUAAGCCUUCAAAAAAAGUGGAUAAAUCAAAUAAAAAAACAACCAUUACUUAAUCUUUACAUAAACCUACUCUUUAAAUUAAAGACACACCCUUAUAAUCUUUAUUCAUUAUUAAAAACUAAUCAAAAACACCUAUUAAUUCUUAAGCUACAACAAAAUUAACUAGUCCUAACAGAGGUACCUCUUUUUUGUCUAAAAAAACAACUGAAAGAUUUUAUAAUAAAAUACCUUCUUUAGAAUAAAGUGCCUUAAAAGAAUUAGAUGAUGCUCAACCUCCCAAUCUAACCAACGAAUUACUAAUAACUAGACCAUAAUAUGAAAUCAAAUAAUUUAAAAGAAUUGAAAUUGUUAAGUAACAUACCUCAAAACAAACUACAUCUACUUAUUAAAUUUAACUCAAUAUACCAAUUAGGCCUUAAAUCAGAGAACCCUCUAGAAAUAACAUUACUACUAAAAUAGAUGUUAAAAAAAUAUCUAAUACACCUAGCACAUAAAAAAUUGAAAGACCAUCCUAAAAAAAAAUUUUAGCUCCUGAAAUAUAACCAACUAUUUUAAAUAUCAAACCAAUUGCAAGUACUAAAAAUUUAAAUAAUGAAAAUGAUGAAGAUAUAACUAAGUAAGAAGAUAAUAAAAAUUUAUCAUUUGAAAAUGAUGAACCAAUAAAAGUUCACACUCCUGAUGAUUCGAUUAUUGCAAAAUACUUAGAAACUCAUUCAAUGGAAAAAUUAUUAGAGGCUGUUUAAAAGAUUAAGGGAAAACUAAAAAAAUAUGUUCAACACUCUAAUAAUAAAAGAAAAAAAGAAUUAUUAGAAAGAAAACAUCAGCAUUCUCCUAGUAGAGUUACAAUCAAUAAUAAAUAGUAACAAAUUAGUAGAUCCAAUACAUUAAUAGAUAUUGUUGAAAAAAAGCUUCUUGAAAAUGAAGCUAGUAAAAUUAUAUAUAAGUUUUUUUAAUCAGCCGAAACAAUGGAAUGGUAUCCAGUUCAUUUUUAUGAUAAAUUAUUUACAGAUUUUGAAACAUCGAAAUGGGUUCUAGAGAAUCCUAGAAUAAGAGGAUAAUUUUUAAAUAAAUCUUCCAAAAAUGCCAAUUGCCAUUAAAUAAAUAUUGAACAAAUAUAAAACAUUCUUUUCAAUUUGAAACGUUAAUCCGCCCUUCAAGUAAUUGGAUCGAUUGAAAUCUCAAAUCAUGCUCGAAGAGUUUAAUUUAGAUUUAUAAUAGACACACUUGUUGAAAAUUAUAAAGAAAUAUAGUCUUAUGAUGACAUGAUGGAUUUAUUUGAUUAGUUGCUAAAUUUAUAUCUUUAUCAAGAAGAUUUAUUAAAUGAAUGGUUAGACAAUCGAAAAGAGUAAACACUUUACAGAGUUGGUAAUAGUAGAACAAUGAUUCCUGGUUAAAAAAGGCAAACCCAGAAUAUAGAGUUUACUAAAGAACGUAAAAUUGAAUUAUAAGACAAUAUGCAAUACUAUUAAUAUCUUUUAUCAAAAGUUCUUUUUUUAAUAAAAAGAAAGAGUUAUAUUAAGACUAUGAAUGGUUAUAAAUUUAAGUCAGUUAAUCAGAAUCAUUAAGUUUCAAUUUAAUAAUAUAACAAUACAAUUUAUUAGAAAAAGUUAGAAAGAAUAAAAAAGUAUUUUCAAUAUCGAGAAUGCAAAAUUUAAAAUUAAGAGAACAAACCAAUUUUGAGUAAGAAAAGGCAUCGCAAAAGGAAUAAAGAUAAGCAUCUAUUUAUAGCCUAAAAUAGAAAAUAAACAAUAAUAAGAGAACCAACAUCUUCUGUAUAAGAUGAUGAAUCAUAACAGUAAUCAUAACGAGGUAGUCCAUAUGUAUCUUUGAAAGAUACUGGUAUAAUAAUUGGAAAUGAGUUAUCAUCUCGAUAAUUAAUUUUGGGAUCAGAAACUCCCCUCAUUUAACCUUAAGUGAAACAAACAGUGUAAUCUAACUGGAAAAAUAUGGCUCAUCAUGAAGCUCCCCCAUAAUUAAUUGAUAUAUUUACUUUAGAAACAUAAGAUUAUUUGCAAAGAUAUUUCCCAGAAUUCAAAUUAAAUAUACCUCCAGUUGAUUACAAUCCUGUAUCAGCACCAAGUAUUAGAAGAUUAUUGACUGAAUCACAUUAUCAUUUUAGGCAGGAUAUUCCAAGUAAGAAUUAUAUUGAAUUGGAAUAUAAACCAAUAUAUUCAGAAGAUUAUUUAAUAUUAACAUAAAUAGUUAAAAUUGAUUAGCAAUUUUAUUAUCUUACUUUAUCUAAUAAAUUACAAUUAAAAUAAGUAUUUGGAAGAGAUCAAUGGGAAGAUGAACUUGACAUCUAAUUGAAAUAGUUAAUAAAUUAUUCUGUUGGAAGAACAGGAUAUAUUAUUGAUUUGAUAGAAUUACAGAAUAUCUUAUAAUAAAAGUUAUAAAUUGUUAAUUGUAAAAUUUAACUAAAAUAGGAUGAGGCUGAUAAUUCAUACUAAAAAAAAUUAAAUAAGAUAUUUAGAAUAAAUAAAAGACUGUAUCAUACUAUUUGUUCCUUAGAAUUUAUUGAAGAAGGACUUAAAGAAAUAUCCUAAGAAAGUAAUAGUUAAUAAGAAGAUGGAGAUGAAGUUGAAUUAAUUGAAGAGUAAAAACGAGAACCAUUAAUUGAUAUUGUUUUUUUACUUGGAGUCUUAAAUAAUAAUACAUUUGUUGAAUAUUUUAAUUAUUUACCUCCUUGUUAUUUAUUAAAAAAUUUGAAUGGAAAAAUUAUGCUCUAAGAUCCUGAUUAACCAAGAAAACCACAAUUUCCUUUUAGAUUAAUAUUAUCUCAUGAAGAUAUGAAUAAACACAUCUCCAGAACAAACGAACAAACUAUUAAUGCCAAAGAUAUUACAUUGUUUCCCCAUUAUAACUCUGUAUUUCUAAUUAGAUAAAAUUAAUUUAUUUACAAACCAAUAGGAGUUAAAUUAAGUAUUUUAUCUAAUCUUCAAAAUUUACAUUAAGAUAUUAGAAACAAUUUUUCAAAAGCACAUUUAUUAAUUUAUUAUAACAAUAAUAAAAAAAUCUCGUUCUAUCUUAAUUCUGAAUAGACAGAAAAAUGGGCUCAUUUAUUCCAAAUUGAUGGGUAAAUGCGCCAACACAUUUUAAAUUAUAAAGCUAAAUUAAAAAAAACACUUGUUGGGUUUUAAUUGUAUCAAAAUGAAAAUAGGUUUUCUAACUCAAAAGAUUUAAGAUUUCUAUUAAUGCAAAAUAAAUCUACUUCAGCCAAACAAUAUUAUCUUUAAACAAAAAUUAAAUCGAUUGGGUAUGUUUUUGUCUCUGCCAAGAUUCAUUCCUCGAUUAUGUUAAUUAGUAUUACACCAGCUGGUAAUAGAACUAAAUCUCAUCUCUUUAUAUAUUAAGUUAAUAAUGAAGAUCCAAUUAAAUUAAUUUAUGUCUUAUGUUAAUAAUUUAUUUUAAAAACAACUUAGACAUAUUCUAAAUUAGAAUUAAUGCCUAUCACAUAAAAUUAAAUACGUAAGCAAUAUCUAUUAUCAAAUAAAUAUCAUGAUAAUAAUAUUUUAAUAGGCCAAAAAUCCUAUUCUAGAGUGGUUUAUAAAUAAAUCAAAAAAAUUGAUAAAAGUUAUUUUAUAAUAACUGUUACCUUAAUUAAAAACUAUUUUUAGAUAUACCUCUAUAAUCAAAGUAAUUGCAGAAGAUUUUACUUUACAUUACACAGAUCAGAUUUUUUAAUAAUGAAUUAAUACUUUUUAGAUUCUAUAUUUCCAGAAUAGCCUCAUGAAGUGAUUGAACAGUUCUUCAGACCUUGGAAAUUAAAUGAAAUAUAAAAAAUAUACUCUUUAAUAAUCAAAGCUCCUGAAACUUUUCGAAAGAGAACAUAAAUGUAUAUCCAAUAAAUUAGUAAUACUAAAAAGAAUUUUAAAAGGUCUGCAACAUCUAGUUUUUCUAGCCUUAGUGUUAUUCAAAGAUAAUCAACUUUACAACUUAACAAUGUUUCUGAAGAUUCUAAUGAAGAUCUCAAUAAUAAAACCUGCUGGCUAUUUGAUAAAUUAUUAUUACGUAAAACCAAUAGUGUUUUUGAGAAAAAACUAUGGAUGGAAAUAAUUAAACAGAUGAAUAUUAAUAUAAACCUAAUAAUCUUAGACACUUUUAAGACAGUUUUAUCUGAAUUAGUUUAUUAUAAUGAUAGAACUUGUAAUUUUCUGUGUUAUAUAUCAUGUCAUGAAAUUUUAUAAUCUUUUAGAUGGCAACCUAUAAGAUUAAGAAUACAUUCAUAUGAAACUUGUAAAACAGUAGAUGUACCAAUAAAUAUAAGAGGAAAAUAAGUACAUGUUUAUAAAUUAAGCAAUUCUUUAUAUUUGAAUUAUCAAAUUAACCAAAAAAUUCCAAGCAAUUAAGAAAAUAUGAAAGUUAAUAAAAAUAAUGAUUCAGAGUAUAUCAAAUAUUAAUUACUUUAUAAAGGAGCAUUUAUGAAGCAUGAGAUGCUUUUUAUUGCUAUAUAUUUAUACAAUGAUGUAUUUCAUAUUCGAAUCUUUAGCUAAACUAAUUCUAUAUCCAGAAAAUUGGAUGUUAAUUAAGUUGA